AUGUCAGCUGUAGUAGGGAUCGCUUGGAUUGUCUACGGCAUUCUUGUCACAGGCUUCCUCGGUGUCGCUAUUGCUUUUACGCGCCAUUACCAACACAAACAUGAAUCCGAAGCAUUGGCUACCAUCAUCACUAUCCUCGCGUUGACAUUGGUGCUUGCAACCGUUGCUUUGGUUCCCAUUGAUAUCUUUUUGGUCUCGUCCACGGUGGACCAGUCUACGGGCCUCAAACAGCCUUGGGCAACGCCUGAUAAGAUGGAUCAGAUCACCAUGACAGUACAGAUCGUUUACUAUGCAUGUUAUGGUGCGAUUGGCUUGUUUAGCUUCCUUGUGAUCCCAUUUGCCUACUUUUAUUACGAAGAAUAUGAUGAUGAAGACGAGCAAAGCAACCUGGAUCGCAUCUUGGGCGCAUUGAAAUAUACGUCGUUCUUCGUGGUGAUUUGCGUCCUGCUGAUUGUGGCGGGUUUAUUCGUGAAACCUAGCCAGGAACCACCAACUUUGGGAUUGGAUUGGCUGGAGAAACUAUUGAUCGGAAACAAUGGUCUCAAAUCCUUGUCGUUUGUGUUGGCGUGUCUUAUCCUUGUUGGCAUGGUGGUGUUUAUAGGCUAUACAGCCCCAGGACUCUCACUUUUACCAUUAAGCAUGAUCAAAGGUCGUCGUAGCGUGGACACAGAAAAAGAAGAUAUCAAUAGCCGUAUCGCAGUCAACCGUGAGAGGCAGCGUGAGAUUCAAGCCCGUUAUUCUGGAACAGCCAAGCCCAAGAGUAUGAAUGAUAGACACGAUUUGGAUCGUCUCGAGGACGAAAGAAGAGCCUUAUCACGGAUGUUGAACACCAUUGAGCAUGAUUCGGGAACCACUUGGUAUCGUGUAAUGCGUUGGUUGAGACCUCUGGAGCUCAUUACAGGCGUUUUCUUAUUGCUACUCUCUCUUGCAAUCACAGUAUCGAUCUUCUUGACCAUCUUUGACAAGAUCAAUUCUUCGAUUUGUGGAAGCAGCUGCGGAUACGUGAUCAAUCAUCCAGACUUGUUCAAUCCGAUCAACAUCAUCUUUGUCAAGUUGGCCAAUGUAUUCCCACUCGAUUACAUCUUCAUGGUACUCUUGAUCAUCUACUUUUUCUUAUCGACCAUGUCGGGUGUUAUCACCAUGGGUGUACGUUUAUUGUGGAUAUCACUCUUCAAGAUUCGCAAGGGAGCGACCAUGCCACAAGCAUUACUUAUCUUGACCAUCUUGAUGACAUUGGGGUUGCUCGCAAUGAAUUACUCGCUUACAGCUGUCGUUGCCCCUGGAUACGCCCAUUUUGGCAGCCAAGUCUAUUGCAACCACACGAUCACGGAUACCACACGCGAUUGCAGUGAGCAUAAGGAACUUAUUGUACCAUGCGAUAUCUACGCCCCAACAGACAUUUGUACACCAACCACUGUAUCCACAUUGAUUGAUCGUAUCGCUAUCAAUGCACCCUUUUUCGGCGUCGUGCUGUAUUACGCCCAGUGGGCAUUCUUGGUCGUUUACGUCAUUGGUCUUUUGGUGGCACUCUUUCGAAAGCGGCAGAAUAACGUGGAUGAAGAAACAGAGGAUAUGGAUGCAGAUGAAGAACAACAAAUAUUGCUUCGUGGAGAAUCAAGCAGACAGCAUACUUAUGGCUCCCAAAACUCUGGUCAUGUAUGA